CAAACGGCUACCGAAGCUCAAGCACAAGAAUACAACGAGCAAGAACAAAGCGACAGACUGGGCGUAGGACUUUCAAUCGUUUGUGAGCCUCUUGAUUUACGACCAGGUGAGAGUCGAGCUACUUACAAAGGCGUGUUGAUGAUCAAUUCAGUUUGACCCAGAGCGACGUUGAAGAACGUAGCCAGGGCAAAAAGCGAGGCAAGCAUGGUUGUAGACCGUGCGGCAAACUAGCCAGUGGAGAGAAGGAAGAAGCAGGGUCUGUGUUGGGGCCGAUGGUCGGGUUAGAAUCGGAGUUCGUAGUCUCCAUCCAGCUUUGGGCCCUGCGCACGGUUUUGGCGCUGUCCUGGGCUUUGAAUUGGACGGCGUGCCGCUUGUAUACCACAAACGGUAGUCUGAAGCGAGUAGCUGGCCAGUAUAGGUUGUUUUCGUGUUCCCAGAGAAUCAAGAUUUGGCCGCUCAAUCGACGAAUACACCGAGCAAAGAGGCGGAGACUCGGAUGAGCAAGCUCGGCCAUCUAACACGUGUUUGCGUCUCAGUCGGCUUGGUUAAAUUGAAGCCAAACAUUCCUUCGAGGACUGCGGAACUGAUAUAUCAACGGAGGCGCCAAAAGUCUCUCAAACUCCCAUGUGCAUUCGCACAACCCACAUGAUGCUUCAAUUGGCCGCAAACUUGAAGGCUGAGGAAAUCAGCCACUGUACAUAUGAAGCAAAGGCGGGUUUGCAUUAAUCGACACGGGCGUAUGCUGAAUGGCGGUGCUGUGCCAGACGUGACCGCUGUGUGACUUGACGCGUUGCCAAUCUUGCAUGUUUCUAUCGCGUACCGGUACGGGACAGUUCGUCACGCAUCGCAUUCCCCACAAACGGUGCGGGCUACGGUCCUCCAUCCUUUUUCGAGCGUACUUCCGCUAUCGACAUCCUGGCCUCCACUCCGCAAUACGGAUAGCGAGAACGUCACAGCGAUGCCAUCAGCCUGCCAAGCAUUUGCUCUCAAGCAUUCACUCCGCACCCGGAUGAGCGGAUGCACGGAUGAACAGCGCACAGGACGUCCCGCUCCGUAGUCGCGAUGGGAUAUCAAUGCAUGCGCAGUCAAGCCCUGAAUCUUUCUGCACGCAAUCCGUUCAAAUAGCUCCUCGAAUGUUGCAAUGUUACAGAAUAAUCCCGCAUCUUCUGCACUUCCAUGUCGCCGCCCACGAAAUGGUUCGAAACGCCAUAUGCGCUCAUCGACCUCCCGUCGCGACCAACGACUAUCGACGACCCUCGCGCACCUGAAUCAAUCGUCGAAAAUGUCGCGCGCAAUAUGGUCUUCGUGCACAACUUCCUCCUGCGGGGACUCAACAGCAUAUACGCACAAGCGCCAUACGUCACCGCCCCAGACGUGCCCUCCUUCCUCAACUACAUCAAAACUUGGACGGUCGCUCUGCAAGUGCACCACGACGGCGAGGAGGACCACCUCUUCCCGUUCAUCGCGAAAGAGACGGGGCAGGGGGACUUGAUGGCGGGGAAUAUCGCCGGGCACGCGGCGUUUCACGAAGGUCUGGAUCGCUUCGUCGCUCUGGUGGCCGAGCUCCAGCAGGACGCGAGCAAGUACGAUGGCAGGAGAAUCGUGGAGGUCGUCGGCGCGUUCGGUGGAUUGCUGAGGGAUCAUCUAGCGGACGAGAUUCCAACACUGCUCGCGCUCGCACCGUACGGUGCGAGAUUAGCUGCUGGCUUAGAGGCGGAAAUGAGGCGAGAUGGGAUAGACAGCAUGAGGAAGUGCGGUCUAACCCAGGGCGUCAUUCAAAUCUUUUGCCUCGAUGAUAACACCUGGGAGAAUGGGGCGACCAGGGCGUUCCCUCCCAUCCCAUCACCAGUCGCUGUCGUGCUCCGUAGAGGCCUCUAUCUCUUGCACCAUGACUGGUGGAGAUUCGCGUCGAGCGACCAGUUCGGGAAUCCCAGAGCACAGCCUUACGCACGACCGCUGGCGAACUAAUAAAAUUGAAAUGUGAUACGUUAUGUCAAGUUGCAUACUUUGACUUCUGUUCAGGUCUCUGGUAUACAUCACUGCAUGUCUUUGCCUUUUAGUGUUCGACCCAUAUGCUCAGAUGCUCACUACGUAUCUGCUACGAGCAGAAAGUAUAUAUCGUGAUGACUCCAAUUCGUGAAUUCCCGAGCAUAUGCGGAUACAAGGGCCAUAAUAUACAGUAUCAACAAGCAAGACAGCACAUGGAUAAACUAGGAUAACAUCGCGUAGAACAGCAAGCAAAACAACGAGAGCGUAUGGACAGAACAGCACAAAACGGUACUAUAACAAUAACGACAACGCAAAACAGCAGAUACAUGAAACGGACGUAGAGCACAUAGCAUAGAAGAUUCGAAAACGUGAUCACGAAUGCGGCUCGGAAGGAUGGCAGAAGUGAGGACAAGCUACAGCCAUUGAAUGCUUCGGGCCACUGAACCAAGUGCGCAAGGACUCUUGCAGAUUCAGUGGCCAUUUGCUGGAGAGAACCAUGUUGGAAGGCGGCGAAGGACGCUUAGGCCGAGGCUGGAGUUCAGCGAGCCGCGCUGCCCGCUCGACAAACUUCGAGAACAAGCGGCGUUCCUUGGGCACAGGAUGUGUCCUGCUGGAGGCAAUCCCACGAAACUCGGCUCCCGGUCUCGGCCGCGGACUGGGCUUUCCUGUCGAUUCGGGACUGGUGCGACACCCGAGUUCGUGCUUGAAUGGCGCGUGGCACUGGACCCAUUCUCGCAGCGCAUCAGCGAGAGUCCUCAGUUUGCGAUACUGUCGACGGGCGGGCGUGCGGGGAUCAGACUCCUUGGCUGUGAGAUGCUCGAAGUAUUGGUCGGUGGGCAUGUUUCCCGGGAGCGUUUGGGAGCGUUUGGGAGCAUUCGCCUCGAGUUGCGCUCUGAUUCGGGCACCUCCGUUAGAAUUGAAUUCAUCCCAUCGUUGUUGAUGUCUUUCCCAAACAGCGGCCCGCUCCUUGUCCAGAGCUCGAGCAACUGCAUCCGCGACCUCGCCGACGCUGAUAUCCUGGCUCGAUGCUACAAGAUCGAUGAUGCAGCGGGCCAUCGACACCUGAGUGCCCUCCGAGUACGAAGUCAGCUGCGAAUCUUCGCAAGACGAGAUACAAAGGACAUUCGCGGCGAUAGGUCGUUUGUGGCCCAUGACAGAGAUGCCACGCUGAACUCUGCUGCGACAAGCUCCGUCGCAUCCCGGGUAGGACAAAGCCGACAAGGGACUGCCGCAUCUCGGCAGAGGUUCCCAGUGCGCGGGGUCGAUCGAAUGUGUGACGGGAAUGUUCUCCUUGUCCAAAGACAUCUGCCGGCUCGGGGAAACGACAGUGACCUCGGAUGUUCUACGUCGAAGAGCACUCCGGUUAAUAGUGGCGGAAGUUGAUUUCGGCUCCUGGUUUGACCCAGGAUUUGCAUUACAAUGUGUGUGUUCGAUAUCUGGGGCGAUGAUUCAGCGCGCGCACUCGAAGGCACCCA